CCCUGCCAGCUGACACCUAAUAGCCACUCCUAUGUGGCGGGUUUUUUAAACCUCUGUAGGGACCGAGGGGUGACCCCCAUCCUGGACUUGUUCUUCCAGAGCUUCAACCUCUGUCGAGGGGGUCACGCGAAUGCCGAGGGCUUCGCCAACCUGCAGCAGGUGGCCAGGUGGAAGCUAUUUACGGAGGCGCCUUCGUCCAAUAAGGGCUGGAAGGAGCGCUGGUGCUAUGUCAGGGUUGCUGAGAACCCAUUCCCGGCGGAACUUCGGGAUCGCUUCUGUCGGCAUCCGAAGGUUGGAAGCGCCGCCCUUGAGAAAGAUGGCCUGGUGAUAGCCAAAAUCCCGGAGGGUCGCACAAAGCAGGUCUCCAUCAAAGACUACACUGCCGACAAGGGACUCUACGCCCUCGGCUUUCGGAGAUACCGAUUCAUUGGGGAAGCGGACGAGAAGUACCCCAUCUUUGCUGAGGCCUUCGGGGGAGCAGGAGGUGUCCCAGUGAAAAUGAUGAACGUCAGAGGCCUUGCAGACAUGAAGAAGAAAAAACCCUCCAAGGGCCCGAGGGGGACGGACGUCGGUGUCCCAAAACCCGCCGGUGACUUCUUCAAAAAACCGGAGGGGCCGUCGGUGGGCCCAAGUGCUGAUGCUGCCGCUGCCGCCAAAAGGAAGGGCUCGGGCAGAGAUCCCGAGGGCAAGAAGCCCAAGACUGGGGAUGCCGGGAAGAAAGUCCCUCCGGUGAUCAUUGUUGAUGAAGGCCCUGCCUCCGGGGCGAAUGAGGACAUGCAGGUGGCGAAAGUGUCGUCGGGAGUUCAGGGGCCAUCUUCCGAGGUCCUCAUGGUUUCCCUCCCGGCUGGUACGGCCGUGAUGAACGGUACGGCCGACCCGAGGGCGCUUCUGAGAGGCAUCACCCUCGAGAUUGACAGAGUAGCCCUCGGGGCUGAUGAAGACGAAGCCCUCGAGGACAGGAUCCUCCGGUCUUCCCUCACAACCUGCAUUGCCCUCGGGGAGCAAGCCCGGCGGCUAGAGGAGUGGCGCCUUCGCAAGGCCGAGCAGGAGGCUAAGAUGUGGGAGCUCAUCCGCCAGAAUGCUGACGCUGUUCGGCAGAUGGCUAUGCUGGAGGAGAGCCUUCGGCAGAUGACCCUGCGGGCGGAGGCCGCAGAUCGGGGCAGGGCAGAGGCUGAGAGGUCCGCAGCUGAGGCCUUGGAGAGAGCUGUCAAGGAGGCUGAGGCCGCGAAGGUGGAAGCCGUCGAGAGAGCCCGAGGGGACGCAAUCUCGGGGUUCUUGGCAGGGGGGUGGCGGUCCGAGGAGCACAAGCAAUGGCUGUCCUCGGUCGUCGAGUCCUCGGUUGACGAGUGGUGUGAUGGCCCUGGCGUGGAGUGGGUUUCCCGAAAGGGUAAACAAUACUAUGAUGGGGGCGAGUUUUUCACUCAAGCCCUCAUCUACCGGAUGAUGGCUCGCCACUUGAAGAUCGAGCCAAAGGACUCUGACCCGGCAGCAUACGGGCUCCCCCCUGCAGCCAGACAUCCGUGUUCCUCUCCCCCCCGAUGUCGAGAGGCCAGACCUGGAGGACUCUGAGCUUAUGAAGGAAGCCGAGGGUGACGAACCUGAGGCCGACGCAGAAGUUACCUCGAAGCCAUCGGGGGAGGCGGCCCCCGGGAAUGACAUUGUUGAUAUGUAACAUGCAUUAUGUAAACAUGUAUUUGUAAUGGUGACAUUAUUCAUCCUUCGGCUUCGGCCUGCUUGUAACAUUUACUCGUAAUUACAUUUGCCCUCUGUUGUUGAUGAUUGAAUGAUUGCCUUCG